AUGCGGCCUUACGAAUCUAAGGAAUUGAGUCAGAGCUUGGGACCUCAGGACCUGUGGACUCGCCUACGCGCACCGCGCACUGGCACGAGAGCACGGGUCUUCCUUCAACAACUUGGGCCCACUAAGCUCAAGCCCCCCCAUCAGGUCCAUCAGGUCCGCCAGGCCCGGCGCUGUCGAGCCUGCGCCUCCAACGUCACUCUCGUCAUCAUCUAUCGGCUCUCGACUCUCGGCACCCGCCCAACUCCCCUCCUCCAUCUCACCACUACCCGCAUUGCCUCACAAGACUCCCAGGUCGGCUGCAGUACCUCACGAGCUUCCCACUCCCACUUCAGCAGCGCUACCACCUCCCACAUUCGCAUCGGCUAUCGCCUCAGUCCGCCCCAGACUACGUUCGCGUUCUUCGGCAUCGCCACUGGUUCAUCUGUCAACCCCUCGCAUCGAGCAUUUACUCCCCAUAACUGCUGGACAGUUCAAGCAUCAAAGUAUAAGCACUCAAAGCGUCAGGAGCUGCCAGGAGCGCCAGGAUCGCAGGAAAGGGGAGUACGACGAGAACGGCACGGUCGAAAUCAAAAUUGGGCCGGGUUGCUCGGUCAAUCGGUCGGUUCGACUGGCUCACCUUGCAAUCUCUGGGGCUCGGACGAUGCGCUUGCCGACGUCCUCCAGGGCGGUGGAGGUGUCAAUAACACUCUGCACCUCCCCGCUCCUCGUCUCCUUGCUGCAUCGGUACGACUUCCUGCCGCGUUCCGCUGCGUCAUGCCCGUCACGAUCUCCACAGCCGCCCUUUCGAGGGACCGAGCCUCUGGUACAACUAGUGCUUGGAGCUCUGGAGGUCGACUUUCGCCCGAUCGUCUGCCUGUGCACGCCCACCUGGCAGCGGUGACUCGGCAACAUGCACCCGGCACUGGCGUUGUCUCGCAUCGCGCAGCCAUGACCACUAGUCGGCGCUUUGGACCGUUGGGCUGGGUUGGAGUGAAUGGUCGAAUAGGGUCUGGCAUCGAGUGCUCUUGUCUCGUUGCGGCUACACUCCAGUGUAAGACAAAUACGCCGGAGGAGGCUGGCUCCCGGCUACGCAAGGCGCCUUCGUCUGCAUAA